AUGCCCGCAUCGCUUCUCGCCACGGCCCUGGCCAUUGCCGCGGCUCCGUUCCUCUUCUAUGCAGCCUUCCUUGGCGUCGCGACAAUCCCUUGGGUCCAGCGUCAAAUAAAUACCUUGUUUCUGUAUGACGUGAACGAGCCUACCUACUGGGGUUUUGCCCAAAAUCAAGUGACCCCCUUUACACUCUCAACACCGGAUCAGGAGUCAAUAUACGCCUGGCAUAUCCUUCCCCUUCCCCUGUAUUACAAAAAUGAGAACACACUGGCUGUCCAGUCUUCCGGCUUGGUUGCAGACAUAACCACGUCUGAGGCUUUUAGACUACUCAAAGGCGACAAUGCUGGGCACAUUGCUCAGGGCAUGCGGCCCGAGACCUUCCAUGCACUGACCGAUACAAGCUCAUAUCACGUCUUAUCUAUCGACUAUCGUGGAUUCGGCUACUCGACUGGCGUGCCUAGUGAGGCUGGGCUCAUACAGGAUGCGUAUACAGUAAUCGAGUGGGCUAUCAACGUUGCAGGUGUUCCUCCUAGCCGCAUCGUUAUCCUCGGCCAGAGCUUGGGAACAGCCGUCGCAAGCGGUGUUGCGGAAAGAUACUCUGAAAAAGGCGUUGAAUUUGCUGGAAUUGUUCUCGUCGCUGGUUUUAGUGAUCUUGCCUCCAUGCUAGGUGGCUACCGCAUGGGUGGCCUCGUGCCGUUGCUCGGUCCCUUCAGCUACUGGCCAGCUUUUGUCAGACUCUUGGAUCGCUUCGUUGUCGACAAAUGGCACUCGGCCGAUCGUCUGGUCAAUAUCGUUCGUCGAACGAGAACACGUCUUCGCUUGAGCUUGCUGCAUGCCAAGGACGACUCCGACAUUCCAUACACCGAAGAUAACAAGCUCUUCAAGGCUGCCGCGGGCGAACUUGUCGGUGACAUUGGCGAGGCUAAGUUUGGCGCCAUGAAGACGCAGCGUACAGUCCACAAAGGCCAAGAUUCAGCCGUGACGACAUGGAGAGCAGAGCCCGAUAUUAUCAUCCGUCAGGAGCUGAUUCCCUAUGGUGGACAUAAUCACAUCAUGGGAUCCUCUAAUGUGGUUAUGGCCGUCCUGCGUUGCUUUGACGAUUGA